GGCGUGGGUAAGCCGCUCCCUCCUUCCUUCUCCUCCGCCUCCUCCCCCCUCCGCCCCGGCUGCUCCAGUCUAGCAGCCAGGCGGCCGCUGCCUCCGGCCGAAGCCGCUGCAAUUGGGAAGCGCCCCCGGCCCCCGCGCUGCUGCCGGGAUGGGGACGCCGCUGACGGCUCCCUGCCUCCUCCUUCUCCUGGCCGGCACAGCGGGGCCCUGCCGCGCUUUUUUCUCCCUCCCGCUCCGCGUGUCCCGUCCGGCCGCCCCCAGCGGGUCGCUACCCGCCCCGGUGGUGUUGCGCCCGGCAAGCAGCAGCCGGCAGCCGGAGGCCCCCGGUGGCGCGGACGGCUUGGCCUUGGCUUCGGAUCCUGGGGGCACCCUUAACCUUUUAGCUAUGGUGGAGAAUCUUCAGGGGGACUCCGGCCGCGGCUACUACCUGGAGAUGCUGAUCGGGACCCCACCGCAGGCGUUAAAUAUUCUGGUUGACACUGGGAGCAGUAAUUUUGCUGUAGCAGGCGUACCUGAUCCUGAUGUCACCUCCUACUUCAAUACCGAGCUGUCAAGUACUUACAAAUCUCAAGGGAUUGAUGUCACAGUCAAGUACAGUCAAGGAAGCUGGACUGGAGUGCUUGGUACAGAUGUCAUUACUAUCCCAAAAGGAAUCUAUGGCAGCUACACCAUCAACAUUGCUACCAUUCUUGAAUCGGAGAACUUUUUCUUGCCAGGCGUUAAAUGGCACGGGAUUCUUGGUCUUGCCUACGAUGCCUUAGCCAAGCCUUCAAGUUCUGUGGAGACAUUCUUUGAUUCUCUUGUGAGGCAGGCAAAGAUCCCCAACAUUUUCUCCUUGCAGAUGUGUGGUGCUGGAUUACCUGUUUCUGGGAGUGGUACCAACGGAGGUAGUCUUGUUCUGGGUGGAAUUGAACCAAGUCUGUACAAGGGAGAUAUUUGGUACACACCGAUCAAAGAGGAGUGGUAUUACCAGGUUGAAAUUCUCAAACUGGAGGUUGGAGGACAGAACCUUGAACUGGACUGUAGAGAGUACAAUGCUGAUAAAGCGAUAGUAGACAGUGGAACCACGCUCCUCCGUCUGCCCCAGAAAGUCUUCAGUGCAGUUGUGCAAGCGAUAGCUCGCACAUCUCUGAUACAAGAAUUCUCUUCUGGUUUCUGGACUGGUUCACAGCUUGCAUGCUGGGAUAAAACUGAAAGACCCUGGUCCUUAUUUCCGAAACUCUCUAUAUAUCUAAGGGAUGAAAACUCCAGUAGGUCGUUUCGGAUCUCUAUCCUACCACAGCUUUAUAUUCAACCUAUCCUUGGAAUAGGAGAGACUUUACAGUGCUACCGAUUUGGUAUCUCUUCCUCCACAAAUGCUCUAGUUAUUGGUGCUACAGUCAUGGAAGGCUUCUAUGUAAUAUUUGAUAGAGCCCAGAGGAGAGUGGGCUUUGCAGUGAGUCCAUGUGCAGAAGUUGAUGGCUCGCCAGUAUCUGAGAUUGAAGGCCCUUUCACAACAGCAGAUGUUGCAAGCAACUGUGUUUCGAGCGUUUCUUUCCAUGAACCAGUGUUGUGGAUUGCUUCCUAUGCUCUGAUGAGCCUGUGUGGAAUUAUCCUCCUUAUAUUGAUCAUCCUGCUGCUUAUUCCACCACGGUGCCAGCAUCGCUACACUGACAAUGACGUGGUCAAUGACGAAUCCUCCUUAGUGCGUCAUCGAUGGAAAUGAGAACUUGAUCGUCAAAUUUGGGACUUAAACAGAAUGAAAAACAAAGUACUUUGCCAAGGGGAAGAAGCCAAUGCCUCAGUCCUUUCUACGUUCAUUACAAAUUGCUGUUGAAAUCCAGCCAAAUAUCCUGCAUUAUAACUUUUUAAACUUUAUUUUCUAACACUGAUUCUGAACCAAAGCACUGUUAACCACCGCUUAAGUGCUACGGUACUGGAUUUGCUACUGCAGUAAAAUGAGCCUUAGUGCUCACAAUAGUACCUUCUUCUUUUUUUUUUUUUAAAAAAAAAAAGAGAGAGAAAAACCCCACACCACGCUGUUCUUCCACUGUCCAUCCCUCUCACAAAAAAAAGAGCUGUCAGUAUUUUCUAACUAAUCAAGCCCUGACUGUAGAAAAAGAGAAAAAACUUAAUAAUCUUUCUUAUUAAUAGCAUUAAAUGAAUACUGCUUUAUGUUUACAUCAAUUCAUUUUGAAACUGUGCUUAUGGUGCGGGAGAGGGAGAAAGGCCAGACUUAAGCAGUAGAGGAAUGCAAAUGAGGUCAGGAAGAAAUGUUGGUCUGUGGGUUUUUUUCCUCAAGAUCACUGCUGCCACUUGAGAGGGCAGCCCUUCCUGAGUGUCAUUACAAAAUAGUUUGAGGAGGUGAAAACUGGGGAACAAACCUGUUCAGCCUUAGUGUAAAACAAGACUACCUCUCUUAAUCCACAAGGAUGAUACCACUGGUAAGCCUGUGGCUUAGAACUGGUCUUGAAGCACAAGAUGCUCAUACAACCAAAUACAACUCCUUGGCUUUGAAACAGUGGAUUUUAUAAAAAUUAACACUUCAUGACUUUCCACUUUGGUCCACAAAAGAAAAGCCUCUCAGUUUUCCCCCUGAUAUGGGGUUUUGUGGGGUUGGUUGGGUUUUUUAGAGUUAAGGAUGACUGAUACUUAGAAAAGGCUGGUCUUCAUAUGUAUUGGACAGAUGAUAAAGUUAAGGUCUGUGUUCUGCCAUGUCUUCUGAUAUAUCUGAAAACAAACAUCGUAAAACUGAAAACAAUAGUGGGAGAGAGCAGGAAAGAAUGUAUUUGACCAGACCUCCACUGUACAAGCACAAGUCUUAAUGCCAAGGUCAGAACAUGGUAUUUUCUUUGCAAAUAGGACAAUUUUUCCUGUAUCAAGUCAGUGAGCAUUGUAGGACCUCCAUCUCUUUCUUAUAGCACUGGCAUAGUCAGGUUGAAAGAUAAACAAUACAAGGUUGAGGAGUCCUGUGAUAACUAUUAGUUAUCUGGUUUGGGGGCAUGGGAAGGGAAUAAAAAAAAAAAAUGGGAAAAAAAUUCCUUCGCAUUUUGAUAGCAGAGCAGUUUUCAUAUUUGUGUGGGAAACAAGGAGAAAAAAAAAGGAAGCUUGGCUCUGAAUCUGCCAAUCCCUUGCCUGGAAAAUUUUCUGCCUAUAGUCCCUUCAGUAUGGCUUUCUUAUUCACACUGCCUCUGCAUCUGACUGCAUGGAAUAAGCAAAGACUUCUUCUUUUCAGAAAUGGUGCUUUUACAGAGGUGAACAUUAUGUGUGUGAAAAUAAAGCACUCUUGGUUUUUAUUAACUAACUCAUGUAUUUCACUUCAUAACUGGAAGUGCCUGUGGUUUUCUUUCCUUUUUAAUUCUUGUACUUUAAAAUUGCUUGGCUGAAUACAGUAAAAUGAUAGGUGUCGUGAUCCAAUGUCUGAAAAUUAUUUCUCUUGGAAUUAGGAGGAACUUUUGAGUUUGCCUCCCUUCUUUGCCUCUUACUUUGUAAAAGGAGAAAAAUGAUGAAUUAUAGGAAAUGUAAGAAACUGUAGAACUUAGGUGUUUCUCUGUAUUCUAUUUUCCAUGUUUCUUUUUUAAUGUCUUAUAAUUAGACUUUUUAGUACACUUAUAACAAAAAAGAAGUCCCCUUGAGUUUUUCUUAAAGCAGUAUACUUUGCUCUGAAAAGAUAAGAGUGGUGUUUCCAAUUCUGUGGUUUGGUUCCGUAUCCUCCUCCCGUGUUUGGUUAUAUACAUAACAAAUAAUUUUAACAUUGUAUUCCUUCUUCUACAGUAUGUUAAUAUAAGUAAUGCUUCUGUCACCUGUUUCAAAUAGAAACACAGUGUGAAUGUUUCAAUUGGUACAGUGGUAAACAAUGAGCCUUUUUUCAAUUCAGAAAGUAGUAACACUUGUAUGCUCUUUAAACUGUUUCUUAGCUGCUUCCCUCUCCCCACUCCCUCGGAUCUCCUUACCAUAAAGAAUACUAGGAAGGAAUUUACUGGGAAAGGUUCUUGGUAUACAUUCUAAUGGCAAGCAGGAUUUCUCUGCAGUUGCUUAACAAAGUACUUUCAGUGUGCUAGAUUUUAUAUUAAACCUUUCAGUUUUGCCCUUUCACUUUGAAUGUCAUUGGUCAAGACAUUUUAAUAGAAACACUUGAAUUAUAGGAGCAAUAAUCAAGUAGCACAAAUGAAAUGGUGAUAUAUUCUUGAAUUUCAAGGCAUCCCUUGUCACUAAAAUUUGGCUUUUAGUAAAAAUGCUGUUAGCGACAUCUGCUAGCAGCACAAACUUCAUCUCAGCUUGUAAAUUGAUACUUACACUGGCAGAUAUUUAGGUGAGUAUUGCUUUGUUGCUCUGGCAACAAGAAAAGCAAUAGAAACCCUUGAGGGUUCAUUUUUAGCCUACAGCACAUUAAGAAAAAUAAUGCUCUCAGGCAUUUUUCUAUGAAAGAUGAAAUACAGUAACAGAUUACAGUGUUACCAGUGUAUCUUACUGGUGAUAUCUUUACCUGAUAUAUUUUUAUUUAAAGGAGAGUGCUGGCAGGUAUUUUGUGUUCCUCUUAACUAACUUCAGAAAGAAGAUUAGACCAUACCUAAAA